CGCUGAUGGACAUUGCCAGAGCCUCUCUCGCCUCUAUCUCUCGCAUCUGACUCUUUAGUUCUUGAGAAUGUACUAUCGUUCGCUCUACCCACCUAUACCACAGCUUCCACCGAAGAACUACGUAGACUUUGCUCUUGACCGACCCGAAGUCGGAAGUUUCCCGAACUGCAAAGUUUACAUCAAUGCUAACACCGGUGAAGAGAUCAGGAGACGGGAGUUCAUCGACAGAUUCGAGCAUGCGGCGGUCGGGCUCAAGGCUGGUCUUCGUGAUGGAGGGCUAGGGUUGAAAGGACAAGAGGAAAACGCCGGUGAUGGAGAAAUUGUGGGGAUUUUGAGCGAGAAUUGUCUGGAAUUCCCGGUACUGGUCUGGUCCCUUCUCAAGAUUGGCGUCCCAUUUGCCCUUCUUCCCGCGCAGUCGACCCAAUCCGAACUCAAUGCGCUCGCUCACAUUUGCAAACUGUCUCACCUCUUCGUUAGCCCAAGGCUGCUUCCUCAGGCAUUGAGCGGAUGCAAGACAUGGGGCCUGCCUGAGGAUAAGAUAUAUAUUCUUCAAGGAAGAGCUGUCGAUAGAAUCUGUCUUGGCGACAUAAUCGAUAGCGCGAGGAGGAAAGGAGCACAAUUGAUGGCGGAGAAGCUAAAGUCGUGUGCUGUAAGGGACGAUACCUUGGCCUAUCUGGUGUUCUCGAGUGGGACCAGUGGUCUUCCCAAAGCUGUAAUGGUCUCGCACAGAAACCUAUGCUAUGCCGCCCUCCAGCCGGCUUACAUGCUCGCUGAAUUGUCCAAAGUCGCACCACCCUCUCCUCCUAACACUCCCGAAGGAGUGACUGUCGGAAUAUGUGUUCUGCCGAUGUACCACACCGCCGCUCUUCACGGCUUUAUUCUCCGUAUUCUCUUGACGCCCCAGACAGCUAUUAUCAUGCCGAAGUAUAACCUGGACCUCCUGGUGGACGCGAUUUCAAGAUAUCGAGUGUCGCAUCUAUUCCUCGUGCCUACGAUUGUCAAUCAACUGCUUAACUCACCCAAGUUCGGUACCGCCGAUUUCACUAGUGUGGCGUCGAUAGGGACCGCUGCUGCACAUCUUCCGGUCGAGCUAAGGGACAAGUUUCAAGGAAAGGCGCCGCUGGCUCAACCUUGGGAAGCGUACGGGAUGUCGGAAUGUACCGUAACAUGCAUCGCGACUUCAAUUCCUGGAAUCUUCAACUCCACCGUCGAUCCUGUACGUGGUAUGACGGGUAUAUUGCUCUGUGGCAUGGAAGCUCGUAUCGUCCGUGAAGAUGGCACGGAGGCUGGGUACCAUGAACCUGGAGAACUCUGGGUGAAGGGUCCGAAUGUCGUGCUGGGAUAUCGGGGAAACGAGGAAGCUACUCGGGAGACAUUUGUUACCUUAGAGGACGGCUCGUACGUAGGAAGAUGGCUCAAAACAGGGGACAGGUUUAGAGCGGACGAAGCGGGAAGGUUCUUCUAUAUUGAUAGAGUGAAGGAUACUUUCAAAGUCUCUGGCCAGCAAGUGGCCCCCAACGAGAUUGAAGAUAUUAUUCUCGACCAUCCCGACAAGCUUGUCACCGAUGUCGUAGUAGCUGGUGUCAGUCAUCGCAGCUCGAGAGGUGGCGGCCGCUCUGCUAUUGACGAGAAGACACCACGAGCAUGGAUCAUCCUCUCUGAGAACGGACGCCAUCGUCCAGUGGAGGACGUUAUCGCCACGCUCAAGAGCUGGACAGAAGACAAACUAAGUAAACACAAGUGGUUAAGGGGAGGGUUCGAGAUAGUUCGUGAGAUUCCCAAGCUGCCAACGGGAAAGAAGCUUCGGAGGGUGUUGGUUGAGCAGUAUAAUGAGGGCUCAUGUACUGAGGCCAAGCUCUGAGCAUGACUCUGUUUUGAUUUCGUAUAUCUACGAGUUUUUAACGAUGAUGCUGCCACAGAGAAC